GCCAGCGAUCUCUGUAAUCUUAGUUGCCAGCGGUCUCUAUCAGUCAGCUGGGCACACAUCCGGGAGGGGCGCGGCGGAGGAGGUCAUGGCUGCGGGUGGCACAGUUUUGCCCUUCGUGCGGGGCAUAGACCUCACCAAGAAUGACUUUAAGGACACAGGAAUACCACGGAGCAUCAAGGAGAUGUCCAGUCUCCGGUGGCUCCAGGCAAACAACACCGGGAUUGACGCCAUCCCAGAGGAGAUCUGUAACCUGCAGAAGCUGGAACACCUGUCGCUGAAGAACAACAACCUGGAGAAGCUGUAUGGGUCGGUCACCACGCUGCCCUGCCUGCGCUCCCUCAAUGUGCGCCGCAACAAGAUCAAGAAGGGCGGCGUGCCUCGGGACCUCUUUGAGAUGGAUGACCUCACCAUGCUGGACUUCUCCCAGAACCAGCUCAACGAAAUACCCGAGGGACUGGAGGAGGCAAAGUCUCUCCUGGUGCUAAACCUUUCCAAUAACUUCAUUGAGGAGAUCCCGGCUCAGGUGUUUGUCAACUGCACUGACCUGCUGUACCUCAACGUGGGGGACAACCGCCUGGAGACCUUCCCGCCACAGAUCCGCCGGCUGGUGCACCUCCAGACACUCAUCCUGAACAACAACCCCCUCACACACUUCCAGUUCAGACAGCUGCCGUCCCUGGUGGCCCUGCAGACCCUGCACAUGCGAGCCACCCAGCGGUCCCCCUCCAACCUGCCGUCCAGUCUUGAGGGCCUCACCUGCUUGGCCGACGUAGAUCUCUCGCGCAACAACCUCCAGAAGAUUCCCGAUUGUAUCUACACUCUCUGCAACCUGAAGAGACUCAACAUGUCAGACAAUGAGAUUACAGAGAUUGGUCCUGGCAUUGAGCAAUGGCCCAAGCUUGAGGUGCUAAACAUGUGUCGUAACAAGCUGACAGCCUUGCCCUCACAAAUCUGCAAGCUGGAGAGCCUUCGUCGUCUUAUGGUGAAUGAAAACCAGCUGGACUUUGAAGGGAUUCCAUCAGGCAUUGGCAAGAUUGUUGGUCUGGAGGUGUUCUCUGCUGCUCACAAUCGCCUAGAAAUGAUUCCUGAAGGGCUGUGCAGGUGUCCCAACCUGAAGAAGCUGAUCCUGAACAGCAACAGACUGGUGACGCUGCCAGAGGCCAUCCACUUCAUCAACGAGAGCCUGGAACAGCUGGAGCUGGCUGACAACCCUGAAAUGGUGUGGCCACCCAAGCCCCGAGGGAUGGCCCAGGGCUCGGGGGUCACCUUCUACAACAUUGACUUCUCCCUCCAGGCCCAGCUGAGGAAUGCAGGGGCCCAGGCAGCUCAGCUGGCUGCCACUCUGGCUCAGCAGCAGGGCACACCAAAGGAUCCCAUUGCCCGUAAAAAGAGGCUCCGGCAAUUCCGCAAGGAGCAGAAAGACCAGGAUGACAAGCAAGAGAAGAUUCUGAAGGGGAUGAAGGACAUUGCCAAGGAUGAGGAGAAGCAGAAGCAGAAAGACAAGAUGACUGAGGAGAGGAGUCAGGAAGUUAAGACCCAGAAGCGGUGGGACGAGGCGCUGGAGCGACCGCCCCUCAACUAUGAAGAGUUCUUUGACACAGACGUCGGCCAGAUUCCAGGACUCAGUAUUUGGGAGAUUGAGAACUUCCUCCCCAACCAGAUUGAUGAGUCGGUGUUUGGCAAGUUCUAUGAGGGUGACUGCUACAUCAUCCUCCAGACAUUCCUGGAUGACUCACAGAACCUGGACUGGAAAAUUUUCUUCUGGAUUGGUGAAAAGUCAACGCUGGACAAGAAGGCGUGCUCUGCCAUCCAUGCUGUGAACCUGAGGAACUACCUGGGUGCCCAGAGCCGCACCCACCGGGAGGAGCAGGGCGACGAGUCUGAGGAGUUCCUGGGUCUCUUCCACCACGACAUCACCUACAUUGAGGGUGGCCGCACUGCCUCAGGAUUCUUCACUGUGGAGGAAAUGGAGUAUCCACUGCGCCUGUACCGCAUGUGUCCCACCACCAUUGGCAUCCACCUGGAGACUGUCUCCUGCACGGUGGACUCACUGGACCCCCGCCACGUGUUUCUGCUGGACGACGGCAAGGUGCUGUACGUGUGGCAGGGCAGCAAGGCCAAGAAGACAGUCACCACCAAGAGUAGGCUUUGUGCCGAGAAGAUCAACAAGGAGGAGCGCAAGAACCAAGCUGAGAUCCACACACUGGUGCAGGACAAGGAACACACUGAGUGGCCACAGUUCUGGGCAGCUCUGGGUCUGGAGGAAGGGGAAGAGGAGGACCUGGAAAUUGAGGAACAUGUUGACUCCCACUUCACUCCUGUUAAUCCUAAACUAUACCAGGUUGGACUAGGCAUGGGCUAUUUGGAGCUGCCCCAGGUUGAGGUUCCUGAAGGAAAACUACACCAGAAGUUGCUGAGAACAAAGAACGUGUAUAUUCUUGACUGUUACUGUGAUGUGUUUGUUUGGAUUGGUCGCAAGUCUACCAGGCUAGUGAGGGCAGCUGCUCUGAAGUUGUCACAGGAGCUGCUGAGGAUGAUAAUUCGGCCAGAACAUGCUGUCACAACCCUGGUGAAGGAGGGAACAGAGCCACAGGUCUUCAAGGCAAAGUUCAGCGGCUGGACAGAUGUCAUUGACGUUGACUUCACCAGAACUGCUGAGUCCGUGAGGAAAACUGGAGCCAAUUUGAAGGAUUGGGCAGCUAAGCAGGAGACAAAGGUUGACCUGAGUGCCCUGUUCACCCCACGGCAGCAGCCCAUGGCUCUUGAGGAGGCCCAGCAGUGCAUGGAUGAAUGGAAUGACGAUCUGGACUCCAUGGAUGCCUUUGUUCUAGAGGGCAAGAAGUUUGUUAAGUUACCAGAAAAUGAGCUGGGCCACUUUUAUUCUGCUGAGUGUUAUGUCUUCCUGUGUCGCUACUGGGUGCCCGGUGAACCAUCAGAGGAAGAGAAAGAAGAGGAAGUGGAGCCAGAAGAUGACUUCCAGUGUGUUGUGUACUUCUGGCAGGGACGACAGGCCUCCAACAUGGGCUGGCUCACUUUCACUUUCAGUCUACAAAAGAAGUUUGAGGCAAGAUUUGGAGACAAACUUGAAGUUGUCAGGAUGCACCAGCAGCAGGAGGCAGUCAAAUUUAUGGCACACUUUAAGAGAAAGUUUGUCAUACACACUGGGAGGAGACGGCUAGACAAGCUGUCUUCCAGGGCAGAGGAGGAACAAACAGAUGGGGCAGUGAAGCCAAGACCAAAAGUUCGGCCAGAUGAGGAGCAGCAGAAGCCCAAGCCAGAGCUGUUCCACAUGCGGUCUAACGGCUCACCACUCUUCACUCGCUGCAUACAGAUCACGCCCAAUGCAGCGUCCCUCAACUCCGAGUUUUGUUACAUUCUCAAGGUUCCAUUUGGCCAGGACGACGACAGCGGCAUUGUGUACGUCUGGCUGGGGGAGAAGAGUGAUGAGGAGGAAGGCAGGCUGGCAGAGGAGACUGCACAGGAGAUGUAUGACCCAGAGAAGUACAGUCUGCAGGUUGUGAGAGAAGGUGAGGAGCCUGAGAACUUCUUCUGGAUUGGCAUUGGUGGCCGGAAGCAGUACGACAAGGAUGCAGAGUACAUGCGCCACACAAGGCUCUUCAGGUGUUCCAAUGAGAAAGGCUACUUUGCUGUCUCAGAAAAGUGUUCAGACUUUUGUCAGGAUGACUUGGCAGAUGAUGAUACAAUGAUCCUGGAUGAUGGUGCCCAUGUGUUCCUGUGGUUGGGCUCCAAAGCUUCUGACGUGGAGAUCAAGCUGGCACUUAAGUCUGCCCAGGUUUAUGUUCAAAACUUGAGAGUGAAGCAGCCAGACAUGCCUCGCAAGUUGCUUUGUACAUUCAAGGGCAAGGAAUCCAAGAAGUUUACGCGCUGCUUCCACGGCUGGGGAGAGUUCAAGACAACCCGGGAGUAGUGGGCACCACACUGACUGGAGGCAUCACUUGCACAAAUCAUCUUUGCCAUAACAGACCACAGUUGGUCAGUCAUGUUUGUUCAUUAAGUGACACGACUCCAGCCCGGUAAUACAACAGAGCUGCUCUCUUCAUGCCACACGCACACGUCCAAAAUGUGAGUUGCCGUUGGUGCCGCUUGCACAACACUGUGUAAUUGUUUACACGUAAAUCCCUGUGGAGUGCUUGUACAUGAUAUUCCAGAUCUGAAUUUUACUUUGAUGACAUGGUUAAAACUGCAGUUACUUGAUUACUCAGUCACCCAAUUUUCUUGGUAAGCUGAGCAUGCCUGAGUUUAUACACAAAUGUUAUAUGAUUUUAGAGAAUUAUUAUUUAUGAAUAAACUUUAAAUUACAA